AUGGACUUGUUUAUGAAAUGUUUACAAUUUGCAGCUUCUAAGCAUCGGGAUCAACGACGCAAAGAUACGAAUAGCACACCGUAUAUUAACCAUCCCAUAAAUGUGGCAACAAUCCUGUCGGCAGAAGCUCGCGUAGAGGAUGUGACAGUUCUUAUGGUGGCAUUGCUUCAUGAUACGGUAGAGGACACUGAUACAACUUUUGAAGAAAUUGAGAAUUUAUUCGGAUAUGAAAUUAGUUCAAUUGUGCGUGAGGUUACGGACGAUAAAACUUUAGCCAAAGAUGUCAGGAAACAAUUGCAAAUAAAGAAUGCAGCAAAAUCAAGCCAGAAGGCAAAACUUGUAAAAUUGGCCGACAAAUUGGACAACUUAAGAGAUCUUGAAAAAACGUUGCCAUGUGGCUGGACACAGGAACGGCGAGAUGAAUACUUUGUUUGGGCUAAAAAGGUUGUCGACAACUUACGUGGCACAAAUGCUUACUUGGAGGAGCAGUUAUAUAAUAUAUUCAGGUCGCGUGGUUUAUUAUAG